AUGCUGCGAGAAGUGAUGCAGAAGUUCUCAGAUGGAAGAACUGCCUACGCUACUGAUUACAUGGAUUUGGUUUCAAGGAACACCGAGAGAUCGCCUUUCGCAGAGUGGAUACAGAAUGAGCCCAAACCGUGGGACUUCACAAUUCCCCCACUACCCGCAUUCAACGGAAAAGGAGAUCCGCUCAAUCACCUAUUCCAAUUCCAACAGAAGAUGGCCUUGGAAGCCAACAAUGAAGCCAUACAAUGCAAAGUUUUCUCCACAACUUUUUCUGGACCAGCCUUGCUAUGGUUCAGGCAGUUGAAACCUGGCUCUGUCAACGGCUUCGGUGAUCUUCGCAGAGCCUUUCUCCAACAGUAUAAUGCUAACCGCGAAGCACCAAGAACGAUGGCAGAUCUCUACCGAAUUGAGCAAGGUGAAAAUGAACACCCAAUGGCGUACCUGCAACAUUUCAUCGACCUCGUACAUCAGAUCCACGAUGUAGAGCCGGCAACUGCGGCUAAUCUCUUCGUCAAAAGCCUACAAGUGGUGUCCCUCUUACACGAAAACCUCACCAUGACACCACCGUAUGACAUGGCUGAAAUCCAAAUCCGCACCGAGGGCGUCUUCAGGGUCCUGGAAUUUCGAGAAUGUGCGCAAAAGAAGUCCGCCCUUAUUUCAACGCCACCAGCAAAUAACCCUCCUCCUCCAUCUACAAGGGACGACAAAAGAAAAAGACAAGAGGCAGAUCACACGAAAGGAGGAAAGAUACCAAAAGCAAAUCGAGAUCCACCACGAUACCCCUCUUUCGAGUACACCGUCCCUCAGGAGGUCAUCUACGAAGAAAACAAAGACAGACUCAUCUGGCGUGAGCCAUACAAAAUCACCACUCCCCCAGAAAGAAGAGAUAAAAAUAGGUUCUACCUCUUCCAUGAGGAUCAUGGCCACACAAUCUCCGAGUGCCACAACCUCCACAAUCAGAUCCAGGCCCUCAUGCGAAGCGAACGAUUGACCCAGUAUAUUAAAGGAUCAAGCAGAUCCGUCGUCUCGCAACCUAGCGCCACUUCUACCCCGAUGCUGCCCGUGGCAGACUCCCUAAAUGUGGCUUCUACGAGCUCACAAGAGCCUCUCAAACAGAUCCCCAUGAUACACAAAAUCGUGGAGCUCACCACGGAACAAGAGCAGGCAUCCAAAAGCCAUAAAAGAAUGGAGGAAAGGGUGAAGCAGUACAGAUCAUUAGGCCACACCGUCAACUUUGUCACUUCGAAAGACAGAUGCUAUCCAGCCUCUACAAUAACCUUCACAGAAGACAACCUGCAGGGAGUACACCUACCCCAUGACGAUCCUUUAGUCAUUUCAUUGCAGGUCGACCGUUGCCAGCUGGGGAGAGUUUUAGUCGACGGGGGCAGUGGUGUUGAUAUCCUCUUCUGGGAAGUUUUUUAG